AUGACCCUGCUGUCGCGGUCCUCGCUCCGUGGCUCAGGGCGAGCGGCCGACGACCACGACCACAACGACCACAACGACGGCGGGCUGGCACCGCCGUUGAAGAACUCCGACACACCCAAGAAUCCUCCCUCGCGCCGCCGCAGAAGUUCGCCAGACUGUCUGGACACGACCACCACACUCGAGAAUCCUGACGCCACCGACCCGCCGCCGCCCUUGAAGCCCUCGCGCCCGCGUCCCUCCGCCCGGCACCGUGCCUCGUCCUCCUCUUCUACCUCCUCCUCUUCCUCCCACACACCGGCCUCCUCGGCAGAACUGGCAACUCCCCGUGUCAACGGCAAUAAUGGCAUCGUCAAGCACGCUCACCCUGCCGAUUUGCACCCGGGCGCGCGCGAGUCUCCGGAUCCAUUGGACACCAUUCUCUCGCCCAACAUGACCUCCAAGGCUAAUGGUUCGUCGGCUGCCGCAGCUCGCGCCCGUCACAGCGGUGACCAACCUGUCCCAAAUGUGAACAAGAAAGAGCCGGUGGCGGCGACGCAGUCGACUCGAUCCCGCCAGAGCGAUGUCGUCGAGAACCUCGAGCAAUCGGGUGAUGGCAGGCGAUCGUUGCGUUCGACGGAUACUCGAUGCAAGAGCGAGCUGGCACAAUAUAUCCCCAAUUACGAAGUGCUGAUUGGGUUGGAGGAACCCCAGCCUGGUAAGUCUGAGUGCUCCAGGACGAGAACAGCCGCUGAUGAUCGAACAGAAUUCUUAACUGCUACGACGACGAUCACACUGAUCGAUGACCUUCACGAGCCGCUACCUUUCUCCGACGAAUCAGACAAAAUGCCUUUCGGCAAUCCACUAAAGAAGCUUCACGACUGCGAGGUGAUCAAACUCCCCGAGCCGAAGGGCGCAACAGACGUUGAUCCACUGGGUGAAGAGACAUACUUCCGCGCACACCGUAAAGUCGAGCGCCAGGAGAAACAGCUCCGCAACAUAGAGCGAGACCGUUCAGACCACCAGCAGCAGACAUUAGAGCGUCUUCUGGAGGAACUUCGUGGCCACGACUGGCUCCGCGUGAUGGGUCUGACCGGUGUGCAUGAGAGCGAGAAGAAGGCCUUCGAGCCCAAGCGGGACAUCGUGAUCCAGGAGGUAGUGGCGCUGGUGCGCAAGUUCCAGCUCUGGAAGGACGAAGAGCGUCGACGCAAAGUGGCCAAGGACAAACCGGCCGACACUGACUCGCGCUCCCGGAAGCGGUCCCAGCCUGUUGAGGAUCAUGACAGUUCCCCGGUCACUGACACCACGCCUGACCCCAACGAUGUGGACGCAUGGGCUGCUCGGCAGCUGCACCAGGAGGCUCGCUCGGCCACUGUCGCUGGCAAACAGGCCAAAUCAGAUCCAAACGCUGGCCAACCAAAGGAAGAGGUUGAUAAAAGCGCCAAGGACAAGAAGUUCCGCCAAACUACCCUCCCGUUUACACCCCUUCCACCACCGCCAGAGAAGCCAUUUACUUCAUUCUUCGCCAAGCCAUCCCAGCGCGCGGCCGCCAUUGCUGCUUCCAAGGCCACAACCCACAACCGUUCCAUCCUCGCAUUCGGCCGUCCAGUCCCCGAAAUGGGAGAGCUAGACUUCGAGCCACCCUCCGAUGUUCUCACCGAGGACGCAAUCCAAUCCGCGCAGCGGAAGCGGCGCCGACUGAACCGGCGCAGCGGGCCUAAGUGA